AUGAAUCCUUCGUGGACUCCGCAACCCAGCAAUGUGAGCAUUGGCAGUAUCCUCACCAGCAACCCCCCGGGUUCUGUUGAGCAGAUGCAGCCAACUCCUAUCAAUCAGCUCGUCAGUGUUGUCGGAAGCUACGCAGCUCCUUCGAGCGCCCAGGCGCAUAGUAGGCCGCCAUAUACUCCAAAUACUCCCGGUACACCAUUCCAUGAACGGGAUGGUGUAAUACCCCAGCCUCAGCUACAAAAUAUCGUGUGCACAGUAAAUCUCGAAAUAAGGCUGGACUUGAGACGAAUAGCUCGAAGUGCUCGCAAUGCUGAAUAUAAUCCCAAGCGAUUCGCCGCUGUGAUCAUGCGUAUUCGAGAGCCACGAACUACCGCACUCAUCUUCUCCUCUGGAAAAAUGGUCUGCACUGGGGCCAAAAGCGAGAAUGAGGCGCGUCUUGCAGCGCGCAAGUAUGCUCGAAUUAUUCAAAAGUUGGGCUUCGAUGCACGAUUCAAGGGUUUUACAAUUCAAAACAUGGUGGGUUCCUGUGACGUACGGUUUCAUAUCCGUCUGGAAGGUCUAAAUGCUGCACAAAAAAAAUUUACUACAUAUGAACCGGAAUUGUUCCCCGGUCUUGUGUAUCGGAUGCAAAAACCCAAGAUUGUCCUUUUGAUUUUCGUGUCAGGAAAAAUCGUUUUGACCGGUGCCAAAGUGCGGGAUGAGAUCUACCAGGCCUUCAAUAACAUCUACCCAAUACUGAAGAAUUUUAUGAAAUUAGACUCAGAUAAGUCGGGACUGCAUCAACCAGCACUUACUGGAUAG